AUGGGUCGCCGUUCCUCAUCAGACAGAUUCUCCAGGGACUCAGGCUACGACUCUCCCGGGGCCUAUAUGUCUGGGGGGUUAGGGUACAGUACUCGAAGGGUUCCUCUUAGCGAGGAUACGUUGAGCGAACUUGACCAAGGUCAUCGGAAGUCGAAACGCUACACAGAUACGGUCCACCCUGGGGACUCUGUCUCUCAGGUAGGCCGGCCGCAUUUCCUCAAGCCUGGGAAUUGCGUCGAGGUUGCGCCCGCUUCUCGGAGGCUCGAACAGUAUGAGCACUCGAGCUGUCGUGGUUCCCGCGCUGAUUAUGCGCCGACGUCUCCCAGGUCUAGUUCUAGGAGGACUAGCUACGCGAGCGAGCACAGUGACAGGAGAUCUCGCUACAGUAAUAAAUCCAGCGCUUAUGCUGAAGAUCCCCUGGAGAUGCGCUUUUCUGGAUCCUGCCAUGACACGAGAUACGAAUACCAGAACCGCUACGGUGAUAAAGCCAGCGUCCAUGUUUAUGAAGCUCCCGUGUACGAGCGCCGCUCUGGGUACCGCGACGACAGGAGCAUGAGCUCCUACCGAGGAGAUAACGGGGGUUUAGUCGAAGUCCUUGAGGAAAUCACACCCCCUAGCUCCAGUUAUAGUUCCAAUCACCGGUCUUCGCGUGUUCCCGGUAGUGCCAGUUCAGCCCGUAGUAGCCGGGUCCGUGAGGAUGAGCGUAGGCGCGAUGAUGACCGGAAGGGCUACGGAGAUCUUAGUCGUGCCUCGAGCAACCGGGAUUCUCACUAUGAAGCCAGGCGCCGUUCUGUGCAGCGUCAACGCUAUUAUCAAGAUAAUGACCGCUAUGGGCGUUAUUCGUGA